AUGCAUGAAUCAAAGGCUGUAUGUGUACCCUUAGCACAACAUUUCAGAUUGACUUCAGAACAGAAGCCCAAAGAUGAAAAUGUGAGAAAAGAAAUGGCAAAUGUUCCCUAUGCUAAUGCAGUGGGAAGCAUUAUGUACAUUAUGAUUUGCACAAGGCCUGAUUUGUCACAUGGUAUAAGUGUGGUAAGCAGAUACAUGGCUGACCCAGGAAAGUAUCAUUGGGAGGCAUUGAAGUGGGUUCUCAGAUACUUGAAGGGUGCUUUUGAUCUUGGUAUUUUGUUCAAAAGAGUUGGUGUUGAUGUAAAUAAUCCACUUAAAGGUUAUGUGGACUUAGAUUUUGCUGCAAAUCUUGAUUCAAGAAGAUCUCAAACAGGAUAUGUUUUUACUCUAUAUGGUGCAGCUGUUAGUUGGAGACCAUUAUUGCAGCCCGUGGUAGCUUUGUCUACUACUGAAGUAGAAUAUUUAGCAGUGAAAGAAUCACUGUGGUUAAAAGGAAUGUUGGUAGAACUUGAGAUAGUUCAAGAUGCUGUGGAGAUACGAUGUGAUAAUCAAAGUGCAUUACACUUGGUUAAACAUCAGGUAUUCCAUGAGAGAUCCAAACACAUAGAUAUUCGACAUCAUUUUGUAAGAGAUGUUGUUGAAAGAGGAGAUGUGAAGAUGGUGAAAGUAUCAACUGAUGAUAAUGCAACUGAUAUGUUGACUAAAGCAUUGCCAAACUCUAAAUUCAAAUAUUGUUUGGAGUUGGUGAAUGUACUACAUUUUGAAGUAUAG